CUCCACGACCCUUCGGAGACCAAACUCUUUCCUUUGACUCUUUCUCUCGCGGGCGAUGGCCACAAUCUCUUGAUGUGACCGGGAAGAGCGACGUUAAGUCUCGGAUACUCAGCGGUUUAGUCUCAGAGGGGCUUUGUUUUGCUGUGGGAUAAUCGUGAGGAUACUCCCGCGUGCGGACGCACUGAUGGAUCUGAUGGUUUUGUGGUUUCAUUAAUGUUCGCCAGAUAAAUCUUCAACGGAGAGAAGAAGAAGCUCCCGGACUCUCAUCCCCCUCUGUUAACAAACACAGAGACAAUGUUGUGGGACAAACUGUGUUGGCUGCUGGCCCUGCUGGCCUUAUCGUUCGGGGGCCUGCCCCCCUCCAUCGAGCCCCUCUCUGCGCCCCGGAUCUUCCUGUCCUUCAAAGAGUUAAAGUCCACCGGUACUGCACACCACUUUUCCUUCUUGCUGAACUCCACCGAUUACCGAAUCCUGCGCAUGGAUGAAGACCACGACCGCAUGUAUGUGGGCAGCAAAGAUUACAUCCUGUCUCUGGACCUGCACGACAUCAACAAGGAGCCGCUCAUUCUCCACUGGCCCGUCGCUCCUCAGAGGAAGACUGAAUGUGUCCUGUCGGGGAAGGACACAAACGGGGAAUGUGGAAACUUCAUCCGUCUGAUCGAGCCCUGGAACCGGACCCACCUGUAUGUGUGUGGAACUGGAGCGUACAACCCCAUCUGCACCUACGUGGACCGGGGACGCAGGUCACAGGGUUCCCUCUACUUACAGGGAUCUAAAGCAGGGGGUAGAACCAACCGGGCAGCAGACUACAGCACAUCUGAUUCUUUGGACGCAAAGGAGUACAUUUUUCGUCUGGAACCCGGUAAAGUGGAUUCGGGAAAAGGAAAAUGUCCUUUCGACCCCAAACUGAACAGCGUUUCUGCUUUGAUCAACGGAGAGCUCUACGCCGGCGUCUACAUUGAUUUCAUGGGCUCAGACUCGGCCAUCUUCCGUACGCUGGGAAAGCAGACGGCCAUGAGGACGGAUCAGUACAACUCCAGAUGGUUGAAUGAUCCAACAUUCGUCCACGCGCACCUCAUCCCAGACAGCGGCGAGAAGAAUGAUGACAAGCUUUACUUCUUCUUCCGCGAGAAAGCCUCAGAGAUGGGCCAGAGUCCCAUGACCCAGUCCAGAAUCGGACGGAUCUGCCUGAAUGACGACGGUGGUCACUGCUGCCUGGUCAACAAGUGGAGCACUUUCCUCAAAGCCCGUCUCAUCUGCUCUGUGGCCGGAGCCGACGGCAUCGAGACACACUUUGAUGAACUCAGGGACGUGUAUAUCCAGCCAACUCAAGACACAAGGAAUCCUGUCAUCUACGGCGUCUUCUCCGUCUCAGGAUCCGUGUUCAAGGGCUCCGCUGUCUGCGUGUACUCCAUGGCUGACAUACGCAUGGUCUUCAACGGGCCUUUCGCCCACAAAGAAGGUCCUAACUACCAGUGGGUGGCGUACACUGGGAAGAUCCCCUACCCUCGGCCGGGCACUUGUCCUGGAGGAACGUUCACGCCGAACAUGAAGUCCACCAAGGAUUAUCCAGACGAGGUGAUCAACUUCAUGCGGAAUCAUCCCACCAUGUACAACGCUGUUUACCCAGUGCACAAGCAUCCCCUGGUGGUCAGAACCAACGUGGACUACGAGUUCACCACGAUAGCGGUGGACCAGGUGACCGCUGCAGACGGAAGCUACGAGGUUCUGUUCCUGGGCACAGAUCGUGGAACGGUUCAGAAAGUCAUCGUUUUGCCCCGUGAUGACCUGCAGACGGAGGAGCUGGUUUUGGAGGAAGUGGAAGUCUUCAAGGUGCCCACACCAAUCACCACCAUGAAGAUUUCCUCAAAGCGGCAACAACUGUACGUUGGGUCGGUGCUGGGCGUGACUCACCUGGCUCUUCAUCGCUGUGACGUCUACGGCGAGGUGUGUGCCGACUGCUGUCUGGCCAGAGAUCCGUACUGUGCCUGGGACGGCAACUCCUGCUCCAGAUACUCGGCCUCACAGAAGAGAUCUGACCCUUCUAGACGUAGCCGACGGCAGGAUGUGAAGUACGGAAACCCAAUACGCCAGUGCAGAGGGUAUAACUCCAACGCCAAUAAAAACACUCUGGAGACGGUGCAGUACGGGGUGGAAGGAAGCACAACCUUCCUGGAGUGUCAGGCUCGAUCUCCUCACGUGUCUCUCAAGUGGCAUCUCCAGAAGGAGAACAGCGACAGGCGGAAAGAGAUCCGGUCGGAGGGCCGCAUCCUGAAAACGGAGCAUGGUCUUCUCAUCCGCUCCCUGCAGUCGUCUGACAGCGGCAUCUACCAGUGCACCUCCACUGAGAAGAACUUCAAACACACCCUUGUCAAGCUGCAGCUGGUCGUCCUCUCCAGCCGCACGGUGAACAACGUGUUGGUGGAAACCGGAAGCCCUGCGCUCGCACCUCUGCAGUCCAGCGCCUGGACUCCCAGCGCCGGCCAGUACAAAGACCUGCUCACCAUCCUGAGCCAGCCGGAGAUGGGCUUGAUCAACCAGUACUGCCAGGACUACUGGCAGCUGGGCGACGUCAGCGUGGGAGACAGCAAAGCCAAAAGCUUGAAGGAGCUGAAAGAGCAGAAGAAGCCACGGAACCGUCGGCAUCACAACGACGAAACCACUCCGGCCGAGACAUGAGGAGCUGGACGCACCUCUUCAAACCCAUUCACCUUUUCCCACACCACACUGUCGUCCGCCCUUCAUUCUGGGAGAGACUCCAGUCAUAGAGAAGUCAGAUUAAUACGAGGAACUAGACCCUGAACUGAACCCAAAGCAACUGCAGCAAACUAUGUGACUGUUGGUUUAAAAAAAAAAAAAAAACUCACAAUAUUUAUUGUAGUUUGUAAAAAGUAAUUCUUUGUACCUAUCUAGAAAACAUGUUUUUGUGAAUAGGUCAAUCUGUGCAAAUAUUGUUGUUAUUAUAAUGUUAUUGUUAGUGUGACAGACGUGCGAUUAUGUUAUGUUCUAAAUAUGUUGAGUGUUUAUAAGAGACGACUGAAAGGGUGGACGCUGGGAGCUUCCGCACUCGGACAAGGACGUUGGGACCAUGAGGGAUCACGUGACUGCUGGCAGUAAUCGGGGAGAUUCUAAAUCUUCCCAAAGCUUCAGUAGAACUUCCUACUGUUUAUAUUUGUUUUUCUACUGCGAGAUAUAAGCUGUUGAGAGAGGGUGGCGUUCUAAGGGACGUUCAAGGAGACGCCCACAGACUGAUGAAGUGAGAUGGCCCCGCAAAUAUCGAUGUUACAGCCCUAAUUCUUCCAAAGUCAUUUGCAUCAUUCAAGUGUUUGUUUUGUUUAUAUGUGAAUUUCACACUUCAAUGUUGUAUCUUUAACAAACGUGACUUUUUGUGAGGAACUUUUUCUUCCGGGGGGGAGAGGGGAAAUUAUCCUUUAAUAACACA